AUGGGUAUGUUGUUCGGACGUGCCGUAUAUAGAGCUGACGAUAAAGGUGUGAUAGACUUGGCAAAAACUGCACCACUGAGAGGAACAUAUACAGGUGUGCGACCAAUGGGCCUGUUCGAAGGGCUGAUGCCAAGUGAUGAGUUUCGCAUCGGAAACUACUGCAAGUGCACACCACCGAAUCCCUUUCAUUUUGACCUGGAGUUGCACGAUAAUAUCGGCAAAACUAUUCACUCACUACCUCUGAUCAAACGCUGGCUACAUCCAGCUGUGACUCGGACGGAAAUUGAAGAGGACGGUAUCUGUGGAACGCUCUUCUUACCACCAGGUGAUGGUCCAUUUCCAACGAUUCUCGACAUGUCUGGUACAGGCGGUGGAAUUAACGAACACAAAGGAGCAACAUUGUCUUCGGAAGGAUUUUGUGUUUUGUCAUUGGCUUUUUUCCAGUACAAAAACUUGACUGAAGAUCUGAACGAAGUUGACCUGGACUAUUUCAAGAAAGCUAUCGACUGGUUGGUUUCUCAACCGUUUGCACGGAAAGAAAUUGGAAUACAAGGUGUUUCUUUCGGAGGACUGCUUGUCAAUAUGCUUGCUGUGAGGCACCCAGAGGUAAGAAACUGUGUUCUUGCCUCACUUUUCCAUUGUGCUCUGGUCCCAGGAGGGACACUGUAG